AUGGCCAGAACAGCACAGACUGCCCGGCGUGAUGAUGAAGGUCCCGAAUGGCAUCAGCGGCGGUACCUGGACCACAAGGGUAACCACGUUUAUACCAAGGUCCCUAUACAGCCUAAGAACUAUGACUCAAUUGUUACGUAUCUCUUUGGUAUCACGGAACUAGGCCCAUUCCUAGAGAUCUACAUAAGUACUCAGCGUAACGCCUUUAUCGCCUACCGUAAGAGACUACGCGAGGCUUUUGAUAAGCAGUCUAACUGCUCUAACUGUCGGCCUCCUUUGAUUGCUAAGGAUUCAGCGACUAUCUCGCUGGUCCACCGUCGAGAGGAUGGGAACGAACUUAGAACUAUCCCUCUCGCAAUCGACUUUAGUCGGAGAUUCCCCACUAAGGUGCGAACAGUCGAGUUAGAAUAUCGUGUUCCGAAUAUCUACGGGGAUAUAGCAGACUUUGUUAAAUUCGGGAAAGAAGUGGUUUCCGAGGCUAUUGAGAUGAAGAGAAGCGUUAGAUCCUAUAUAACGCCUAACGGAGAGUGGAAAAUUGACUACGAUACCGACGAUUCCCAAGAAGUUAAGGAGAUUCUCGAGCAACAACCUACUCCGAAUCACGAAUCCAAGGAUCUAUGUCUUACGUGGGGCUCAGAUAAAAGGACACUCACUGGUACAAACUUUAUAAACUCCAAGGAGAGUGAUCUUCAAUAUGUCAUUCAUAUUCCAUUCCUCGCGGACAACGCAGACAAUCUUCUAGAGCGUACAGCCCACAUUUUCACAACACAUCUAUUGGCCAAAAUUGGUUCCGCGCGGAUAAGACUCGAGUUUCGAAUCCCAGGCCUACGUCUAGCCUCCGUUUGGUCAUCCCCUCACCCUAAUGACCUCCCCGUGGGUGUGCUGUACAAUACAAAGAAUGGUUCGAAGCAGGAGCGGCAGGAGCGACUCGUCCCUUUGCAGCCCAGCAACGUUGGCAUAUUCGGCCCCUCUGGCUGUGAAACGAUUAUUCGACGAAGCGCGGGCAUGACCGAGGCUGGAAGAAGACUUGCUAUGCUGGACUUGAAAAAAGAAGUGGGAUGGGAUGAUGUGAGAUAUCUUACAGCCGAUGAGUACCGCUGCAUCUUCGGCAUUUCGCUGGAGCAGUACCAGAUCGCGUUGCUUGAGCUUGAGCCGUUCGAGCCGUAUCAGCCGCAGGAAGUCUGA